AUCACUAUCAGCGACAGAGAUGACAUUGGAUCAAACUGCGCGAAAGUCUGUUGAAUAAGACGCUCGUUCGUCAAUUAUCAGAUGAAUUAGAAAAGUCUGUAAGUGCUGGCGUCCUGGUCAACAUGUCAUCCACCAGCACAGACUACGGCGCGGAGCAGAAUGCGCCUCAAAGACAGCAGUUACCGUUCGGCCCGGACUAUGUCCUGACUGAGGAGGAGAGGAGAGUGUUGAAAGAGUGCAACUCUGAGAGCUUCUGGUACAGAUCGUUGCCUCUCUCCUUGCUCAGCAUGGCCACCACCCAAUUCCUUGUUUCUAAAGGGACUCUGACAGCCCAUCGCAGAUUUGGAUCACUACCCAAGGUUUUCUUCGCCGGGUUCCUUGGCUUUACAGCGGGAAGGAUCUCAUACCAGAAGACGUACAUGGAGAGGCUCAGCAGGCUGGAGAACUCUCCUCUGGGUGAAUUCCUGAGGCAGAAGUCACAGAGGCAGUCACCAUAUUCUACAGCCUCUCAGUCAGAGAUGAGUGAUUCCAGCAUGCAGUCCUUCGACAGCAGUUUUCAGACUUCAGAAGCCUCCACGCUCUCCAGCGAUUAUGGAUAUAAUCCAGAUGCCACUCCUGAUUUGUCUCAGAUGAAUGACCUUAAUACUCAAGCACCAGCACAGUCCUAUACGGAUGAAGAGAAACCCAGCAAGAAGACCAUUCUUUAUGAAGAUCUGAGGCUUAAAAACAGAGAGAACUAUGAGGUGACCCUCACGCAGAGAUCUGAGGCGCUGCUCAAACCCGCGCCGGAGAGUGCGCCCAAAAGGCCCACCAAAGAAGUGAAGAAGAACAUUUAUGGAGACACCUGGGAGGAAUAGGUUCUGGACCUUGGAUGUUCUGCCGCCAGGUUGUGAUGGUGCAGCACAUGAAACACUAUGGUCUUCUUCUCUUUGUUUUGAUUGCUCUUUAAGUGACCCGAUUAAAAACCUUGCCAGUCCAA